AAGGGUACGGUUAGGGUAAGGACGUCCCAAUGAUUCCAUAUAGCACUAACCGUACGUGGAAACCCCUCCGCCGCAAGGGAAACGCUUUCAGACCAAUCAGUGAUUGAAUGUGUGAGGGAGCGUGUGUUUACAUCACCCGUCAAAUUGAAGAGCAUUUAAAUUUCGUCUUACAAGGACCAAACCCGCAGACUCGCACUGAAACGAUUACGGUAGCCACCAACAGGACGGACUCUCUGGUAACUGACCUUUUGCAGUGGAAUAACUCUUGAACCAUGAGCUCUGUGGCUGUGUUGACCCCGGAGAGCUUUGCCGAGCACCGUAGCGGAAUCAAAGACCAGGAGAUGACAGGCGGUGUACCCGAGGAUGAGGCCUAUAUCCCCACCUACCUGGAGGCCUUCCCUCCGCUCCCGGAGAAUAAGGGAGCUCCGGGGGACACGUCUGGAGAGCCUGCCGGGGCGUGGGGCUCCAAGAUCAGACCCAUCAAAGCCUCUGUCAUCACCCAGGUGUUCAACGUGCCCCUGGAGGAGCGGCGCUACAAGGACAACAGCCAGUUUGGUGACGGGGGCGAGGAGGCCAAGGUGUGCCUGGACAUCAUGCAGAGGACGGGGGCUCACAUCGAGCUGUCGCUGGCCAAGGACCAGGGCCUCUCCAUCAUGGUCACUGGGAAACUGGACUCUGUCAUGAAGGCCCGUAAGGAGAUCGUGUCUCGGCUGCAGACACAGGCUUCAGCCACGGUGGCCAUCCCCAAGGAGCACCACCGGUUUGUGAUCGGUAAGAACGGUGAGAAACUCCAGGAGCUGGAGCUGAAAACGGCCACGAAGAUCGCCAUCCCCCGACCUGACGACCCCAGCCUCAACAUCAGAAUCACAGGCACCAAGGAGGGCAUCGAGAAGGCUCGUCACGAGAUACUGCUGAUAUCAGCCGAACAGGACAAGCGAGCAGUGGAGCGUCUCUCCCUGGAGAAGGUGUUCCACCCGUUCAUCGCUGGGGCCUACAACCGUCUGGUCCAGGAACUGUGUCAAGAGACGGGGGCCCGCGUCAGCAUCCCCCCGCCCAGCCUGCACAAGGACGAGAUCGUCAUCACCGGGGAGAAGGAGGCUGUCGCCCUCGCCAUCAGCCGCAUACGGGCCAUCUACGACGAGAAGAAGAGAAAGACCACCUCCAUCUCAGUGGAGGUGAAGAAGUCGCAGCACAAGUACAUUGUGGGGCCUAAAGGCAACAGCCUGCAUGAGAUCAUGGAGACCACUGGGGUUUCUGUGGAGAUGCCCCCGCUGGACUCCUGCUCGGAGACCAUCAUCCUGAGGGGCGAGCCGGACAAGCUGGGCCCUGCACUUACACAGGUCUACUCCAAGGCCAAGAGUGUGAUGGUGGUGGAGGUGACUGCCCCGGCCUGGCUCCAUCGCUUCAUCAUCGGAAAGAAGGGACAGAACAUCGGACGCAUCACACAGCAGCUACCCAAGGUUCACAUUGAGUUCACAGACGGCGAGGAGCAGAUAUCCCUGGAGGGCCCCACGGAGGAGGUGGAGCAGGCCCAGCUUCAGAUACAAGACAUCAUCAGAGACCUGCUGGUGAGGAUGGACUACACUGACGUCAACAUAGACCAGCGCUUUCACAGACACCUCAUCGGCAAGAACGGAGCCAACAUUAACCGGAUUAAAGAGCAGUACAAGGUGUCGGUGUGGAUCCCACAGGAGCCGGAUCGAAGCGGCCUGGUCCGGAUCGAGGGUGACCCCAAGGGGGUGCAGCUGGCACGCAGGGAGCUGAUGGAAAUGGCACAGAGGAUGGAGAACGAGCGUACCAAAGACUUGAUUGUCGAGCAGAAGUUCCACCGCGCCAUCAUCGGCCAGAAAGGGGAGAAGAUCAAAGAGGUCCGGGAUAAGUUCCCAGAGGUCAUGAUCAAUUUCCCCGACCCGGCUCAGAAGAGUGACAUUGUGCAGCUGAGAGGGCCCAAGAACGAGGUGGAGAAGUGUGCCAAGUUUCUGGCAAAACUCAUCGCAGACCUGAUGGAGAACAGCUUCUCCCUCUCCAUCCCCAUCUUCAAACAGUUCCACAAAAACAUCAUCGGCAAAGGAGGCGCCAACAUCAAAAAGAUCCGUGAGGAGACCACCACUAAGAUUGACCUGCCCACGGAGAACAGUAAUAGUGAGAUGAUAGUGAUCACUGGGAGGAAGAACCACUGUGAAGCAGCCAGAGACAGGAUCCUAGCCAUCCAGAGAGAACUGGCCAACAUCAAGGAGUCAGAUGUGACCAUCCCGGCCAAGCUCCACAAUUCUCUGAUAGGCUCUAAGGGCUGCCUGGUGCGGGCCGUCAUGGAAGACUGUGGCGGGGUGCACAUCCACUUCCCCUCCGAGGGCUCCGGGUCAGACAGGGUGACUGUCAGAGGGCCCGCCGGGGAGGUGGAGAGGGCCAAGAGACAGCUACUACAACUGGCUGAAGAGAAGCAAGUGAACAACUUCACGGCGGAGCUGCAGGCCAAGCCGGAGUACCACAAGUUCCUGAUUGGAAAGGGCGGGGUGAACAUCCGUGGUGUGCGGGAGAGGACGGGCGCUCGCAUCAUCUUCCCGUCUCCCGACGAGCCGGAGCAGGAGCUCAUCACCAUCAUAGGCAGGGAGGAGGCUGUCAGACUGGCCCAGAAAGAACUGGAGACACUCGUCAAAAACCUGGACGACGUGGUGGAGGACAGCCUGGUUGUGGAGACGCGGCACCACCGGUACUUUGUCUGCCGGCGAGGCCAGGUGUUGAGGGAGCUGGCGGAGGAAUACGGCGGCGUGGCGGUCAGCUUCCCCCGCACCGGGACUCACAGCGACCGCAUCACACUGAAGGGGGCCAAGGACUGUGUGGAGGCAGCCAAACGAAGAAUCCAGGAGAUCAUAGAGGAUCUGGAGGCCCAGGUGAGUGUUGAGGUGGCGGUCCCCCAGCGGUACCACAGGGCUGUGAUGGGGCCGAAAGGCGUCAGGAUCCAGCAGAUCACCAGAGAUUACGAGGUGCAGGUCAAGUUCCCGGAGAGAGAUGACAACAACACAGCAGAAACUCCAAAAAAGCCGUGUUCUUGUUGCCAUGGUGACGCUGCAGGACAGGAGCCCCCUCAGGAGAACGGUGACGCCAGCCCGGAGGCGGAGUUUGUCCUUCGCAAGUGUGACGUCAUCACCAUCUCAGGGCGGACGGAGAAGUGUGAGCUGGCAAAGAUCGCCCUACUGGCUCUGGUCCCUGUCACGGAGGAUGUUGAGGUGUCCUUUGAGCUACACCGUUACAUCAUUGGUCAGAAGGGCAGUGGCAUCAGGAAGAUGAUGGAGGAGUAUGAGGUGAACAUCUGGGUACCCCAGCCGGAGCAGCAGUCGGAUGUGAUCAAGGUGACAGGUCAGGUGGCCAACGUAGAGCGAGCCAAGUCAGGCCUGCUGGAGAGAGUCAAAGAACUACAGGCUGAACAGGAGGACAGGGCCUUGAGGAGCUUCAAGGUCUCCAUCUCAGUAGAUCCUAAGUUCCACCCCAAGAUCAUUGGCCGGAAGGGAGCGGUCAUCUCUCAGAUCCGCAAAGACCACGACGUCAACGUCCAGUUCCCAGAUAAAGGGGACGAACUGCAGGAUGUGAUAGUGAUCUCUGGGUAUGAGCGUAACACAGAAGAGGCGCGGUCAGCCAUUGAGCUGCUGGUGUCAACACUGCAGGAGAUGGUCAGUCACGACGUGCACCUGGACCCCCGUACACACGCACGCAUCAUCGGAGCCCGCGGCAAGGCCGUCCGCAAGACAAUGGAAGAGUUCAAGGUGGACAUCCGGUUUCCCCAGCCGGGUUCAGAGGACCCAGGCAGGGUGACAGUGACUGGACUACCAGAGAGUGUGGACAACGCCGUCGACCACCUCCUCAAUCUGGAGGAGGAAUAUAUGUUGAGUGUGACAGAGACCGAGACGAUGGCUGCCUACAUGAAGCCCCCAUCCCGCUAUGGAGUGGGGGGGGGGGUUGGGGGUGGCGACAUCAGCGGGGCGGCGGCCAAGGGCUUUGUGGUGCGGGACGCCCCCUGGAACGACAAGGCUCCUGAUAUGAGUAAUGCUGAGGACUUCCCCACCUUCGGCGCAGGCCUGGCCCCAAAACAGACCUCCGCCUGGGGCCCCAAGAAGUUUUGAGACAUCUGGGAAAACAAGAGAGAGGAGAGGGAAAGAACAAACACUGGACAAAUCGCUACUCGCCUUCGCCUCCUCCCCCCUUUUCAUUUUUUUGCUCUUUCGCAGCUGUUGCCCUCAACCAGCAACCCAGGAAGGCCAGAGGAAAAAAGAGCACGUCCUCAUCUCUUCUCCAUCUCUCCUCUAUCCCCUUCUCUCCAUCUCUCCUCUAUCCCCUUCUCUCCUCUAUCCCCAUCUCUCCUCUAUCCCCUUCUCUCCUCUAUCCCCUUCUCUCCUCUAUCCCCAUCUCUCCUCUAUCCCCUUCUCUCCUCUAUCCCCUUCUCUCCAUCUCUCCUCUAUCCCCUUCUCUCCUCUAUCCCCUUCUCUCCUCUAUCCCCUUCUCUCCUCUAUCCCCUUCUCUCCUCUAUCCCCUUCUCUCCAUCUCUCCUCUAUCCCCUUCUCUCCAUCUCUCCUCUAUCCCCUUCUCUCCAUCUCUCCUCUAUCCCCUUCUCUCCAUCUCUCCUCUAUCCCCUUCUCUCCUCUAUCCCCUUCUCUCCAUCUCUCUUCCAUCCCCUUCUCUCCAUCUCUCUUCCACCCCCUUCUCUCCAUCUCUCCUCUAUCCCCUUCUCUCCAUCUCUCCUCUAUCCCCUUCUCUCCAUCUCUCCUCUAUCCCCUUCUCUCCUCUAUCCCCUUCUCUCCAUCUCUCCUCUAUCCCCUUCUCUCCUCUAUCCCCUUCUCUCCAUCUCUCUUCCAUCCCCUUCUCUCCAUCUCUCUUCCACCCCCUUCUCUCCAUCUCUCUUCCACCCCCUUCUCUCCAUCUCUCCUCUAUCCCCUUCUCUCCAUCUCUCCUCUAUCUCCUUCUAUCCAUCUCUCCGCUAUCCCCUUCUCUCCAUCUCUCCUCUAUCCCCUUCUCUCCAUCUCUCCUCUAUCCCCUUCUCUCCAUCUCUCUUCCAUCCCCUUCUAUCCAUCUCUCCGCUAUCCCCUUCUCUCCAUCUUUCCUCUAUCCCCUUCUCCAUCUCUCCUCUUAUCCCCUUCUCUCCAUCUCUCCUCUAUCCCCUUCUCUCCAUCUCUCCUCUAUCCCAUUGUCUUCCAUCUCUCCUUUAUCCCCUUCUCUCCAUCUCUCCUCUAUCCCCUUCUCUCCAUCUCUCCUCUAUCCCCUUCUCUCCAUCUCUCCUCUAUCCCCUUCUCUCCAUCUCUCCUCUAUCCCCUUCUCUCCAUCUCUCCUCUAUCCCCUUCUCUCCAUCUCUCCUCUAUCCCCUUCUCUCCAUCUCUCCUCUAUCCCCUUCUCUCCAUCUCUCCUCUAUCCCCUUCUCUCCAUCUCUCUUCCAUCCCCCUCGCCUCCAUUGGAGGAAAGACUUUCCCUCUCUUGUUUUCUUGCUUUGUCUUGCCUCUCCACGUCACUUCAACAUGGCUGGAGUUGUCGUUGCAUUUUAAAGGACUUGUUUUAGUCAGUGGACCCCACUGCCAAACCCCAAACCGACAGCCCAGGCAUCUUGUAACGGUCUUUUGAACCAACUUAAGCCAGCAAGUAGUGAAACUGGAGAGCACCAGCCAACCAACAGCCCUCUUUACAAGACAAGAGGGAUGUGGAGGAUUUUAGGUUCACAGGGUGGCAGAACUAAACCACGAGUUGUAAAGCAAACACUGCUUAAUUUUUGCGGUUUUGGUGAUGAAAGGAGAUUUUAAUGUUCUACUGUGCGAGCGGAGUUUUUAAACGACGUACUCCUACGAUGUUUUACGGUGUGUUUUUAAAACCUGAGUCUGUUACUAGCUGAUCCAAGUCCGUUAUUACUGAAACUCAUCAGAGUUAGCUUCCAUUGUUUUUGUUCAUGGUGAGUCAUCUUUUGAGUCUUAACCGUGUGAGUCCUGUGAGGUCUGUGUACCGCAGGUUGUUUAUUUAAGCAACAAGGCGGUGUGGUAUAUGGCCAGUAUACCGCGGCUAAGUGCUGUUACGCAACGUGGAGUGCCUGGAUACAGCCCUUAGCCGUGGUAUAUUGGCCAUAUACCACAAACUCCUGAGUUGCCUUACUGCUAUUAUAAACUGGUUACCAACAUACUUAGAGCGGUAACAAUAAAUGUUUUGUCAUACCCAUGGUAUACGGUCAGAUAUACCACGGCUGUCAGCCAAUCAGCAUUCAGGGCUCAAAUCACCCAGUUUAUAAUAUUUGUUAUUUAUGUUUUUGUUUAUUUAUAACCCGUUUUAUUUAUUGACAUUUCUGUGAUCUGGCGUUUUCAUAAAGCACAUAGCAGAAGUGGAGUGUGUGUAUGGGGGAGGGAGGGGGACCAUUUGGUUAUGUACUAGUAUGUUGUUAUGAAGUUGUUUCUAUUUAUUUCUCUUCCUCACUUCAUUUGAAAGACUGUAUGUGUGUGCGUAAGGUGUACAUUCCAACGAAGCUUGACCAAUCUUUUACUCCCUCUUAUCAGUAACUUUCUUUGUAUUUGUCUUAAUUCCAGCUCCGUCGCUCUCCUUUCCCUUUCUACGCCCGACCCCUCCGUUCAGCCACCUUGUGUAGUUUGACUCCAUCCAUUUGAAAAGAAAAACCCAUUAUAUUUCAACUCCCCCAAAAUACUUGUGCACUCGCAAGUAGUAGCUCAACUUGUGUAUCAGUGGAGGCUGCUGAGGGGAGGACGACGACUCAUCAUAACGGCUGGAACGGCGCACAUGGAACGGUACCAAACGCAUGGGAAUGUGUUUGAUGUAUUUGAUACCAUUCCGCUUCAGCCGUCACCACGAGCCCGUCCUCCCCAAUUAAGGUGCCACCAACCUCCUGUGUUGUGUAUUGCUGGGAGAAUAGGACUCCAAAGCUCUGCUGAAUCAAAACGUUGCACUUAUUUAUAUCAUUUGUAGCACAAACUGUUUUUACUUGUCUAUUUAUUUGACCACCCUUUGGCCCUUCCGUCAUUCCGCGACCGAGUCGGGGUGGUGGUGAUCAGGAUGACUUUCGUUCCAUUGAGGCCCCUUUUGCUCUACUGUAGUUAGAAACUGACCGAGGAUCAGAUAUCCAUGCAUAACAAACUCGCCCGUUGUACCUACUUGGAAUGAGAACUUGCAGUUCCAGAAGUGAGCCGGUUUUAACUUCCAUGUGCCUGUUGUCGCUGUACAAAUAGAUUGACUAGGAUGGGGUGGGAAAGCCCCUCGGACCAUGUUGGCUUGAAUGGGAAUUACCGUUCUAGUUAUUGUAUUUCUGUGGUCGUCUCCUGUAUGCUGAUGUGAAGGACAGGAGGACUGAUGUAGGAGAACAGCCUGUAGAUUUGUUUUAUUUCCCUCCGAGGAUGGACUAGUUAACAAACGACAGACAAUUCAACCCAACUGGAAGAAUAGAUUGUUUUUUUACGUGUACUCGGAGAUGUACAAAACCAUUAGGAACACCUCCCUAAUAUUGAGUUGCACCCACUUUUGCCCUCAGAACAGCCUCAAUUCAUCGGGAUAUGGACUCCACAAGGUGCCGAAAGCGUUCCACAGGGAUGCUGGCCCAUAUUGACUCCAUUGCUUCCCACAGUUCUGUCAAGUUGGCUCGUUGACCUUUGGGUGGUGGGCCAUUUCUUGAUACACACAGGAAACUGUUGAGUGUGAAAAACCCAACAGUGUUGCAGUUCUUGACACACUCAAACUGGUGCACCUGUCACCUAGUGUCAUACCUCGUUCAAAGGCACUUAAAUCUUUUGUCUUGCCCAUUCACCCUCUGAAUGGCACACACACAAUGUUUAUCUCAAAGCUUAAAUUUUUUUUGCCUGUCUCCUCCCCUUCAUCCACACUGAUUGAAGUGGAUUUAACAAGUGACAUCAAUAAAGGGAUCAUAGCUUCCACCUGGUCAAUCUGUCAUGGGAAGAGGUGUUCCUCAUGUUUUGUACACUAAGUAUGUACUGUAAAUGUGUCACCAGUUUAAGCUUUGUGGUAAAGCAACUAAUUUCUGUUGCACUACUUUUUAUUUGUUAAACACUCCUGUGUUUUACCUUUGAACUUUCACUGGAGUCAGACAUUUUAUAUUGACAUUACAGAUGUGGGUAGGUGUGUCACUACCCGUCGGCAAGGCAAUGAAGCCGGAGUCUGCCUGCAUUUUUUUUGUUGUUAGGGGAGGGAGGGGAGGGGUGGGGGGGGCUGAAUUUAUUGGCCUUAAGAAAUCAUUCUUAGGAAUAAUUUAGAAAGAAAGUGUGAGUAAAUAUGCAACACUGCAGUUUGUCAGUGACUGGAUUUUUUUUCCUACUCUGAAUAAAAUGUUAACUAA